UUUGGCCGAAAUGGAAAGUGUGAAGGUGUUGUGGCAGCAGCUUGAGAAGCAGUGGCAGUGGGAGAGUUCUGCAUAGACAGAAGCACAAAUUGUGUGACCGGGGUAUUUGUGGAGCCCCAAGGAGCAGGCACGAGGCAGUAGGUGGUGGUGUGUCCCUCUGGCAGUGAAGCAAAGGAUCUGGGUUCAGGAGUGGGUUAUGGAGAAGCUGAGUGCAAUGUUUCUCACUCACCUUUGACGGGCAGGGUGUCCCACAAAGUGAGGCCAUGUAGGGCUGUUUCCUGGUGUGUCCUGCCUAUAAAGAAUGUCUUUUGUGUACAGUUUAACAUCAGAAGAUGAACAGUUGUGGUUCUAACACGGAGCUUUCUAAAACCUGGGAUUUGCAUGUUUAGCUAGAGACAGUGGGCACAGCUAAUGGGACACUGCUAUUCCGAAAUUUCAGUGACUUUUGUAGUGGUUGUUUGCCUCUCAAGCUAACUUUGUAAAUGCAUUGGGUACGUAAGUAUCUUGUCUGUCUGUUGUGUAAGAACUGAAUGGUUCAUAAGACAGCUGCCAACAUGGAAAUAUUAGCAAGGUGCACAUAAGUGCACAAGGUGAAGUGGUAAGAUCCAAUUCUUCCCUCUUUGGAUAGGCUGGGUGAAAAAUAACAUACCAAUGGUGCUGCUGCCCACUGUUGCAGAGGACCUGUGUAACAUCUGUUGCUACAGUUCAUGGAGCUCUUAUUGUUGCCAGUUGAAGACAAUUUAAUUGAUUGAGUAUCAAAUAAUGCUAGGUUAUCACGAGCUGUCUGUGGCAGGCUGAUGGCAAGAGCAUCCUUUCUAGGUAUUAAUACUGUAAAUUCUGCAUGCUGCACAGUAAUUUUUUGAAUGAUGGGGAGACGUGUGCUUGGAGCUGUUGCAGGGAAUGCUGAUUUGUUGAAUUAAGAUGGGCAAAUAUGGAGAGGCCCUGUUUCCAGUGAAGAGAGGAGCUGGUCAGGCUAGGAAACAGCGGGUCCUGUAAGUGCUUCUCUCUCUGUGUAGUUUCUCUGCUCAUGUUCUGGCACAUUAAUGUGAUCAAAACACUUUAAUACUGUCACAGUUGGCUUGCUCCUUUAGAAAAGCUUUGGAAACAACUUGUAAUCUUUUAUUCCCUUCCAAGUACUUCUUUACCAGACUAUUUUAUACUAAAAAUAAAUUUGUAAUGGAAGUGCAUCAAUAAUAAAAAACAAUACCUUUUGAGAAUCAUUGCAGGCAUCACAAAAGUUUGGUUUAGACCAAAUUGCAAUCUUUGAAGUCCUGUUUCUUGUGGAAAACACACAUCCCUUCAAUUCUGCACGUGUGGUCCAUAUGUGAUUGCAUUGGGAUAAGGAGAUGAAGGAACAUCAUCUUGCCUUAUUCCCUGACUGUUUAGUUGCUGACAUUGCAAAAAUGAAAGGUUAUAGUUUGGGGAAGUUUAUAAUUGUUAGUGAAUAACUGUAGGGGUGAACAGCUACUCUACAAGGAGUAGAAGUUCUUGUAACUCAGAUAAUUUCUCUGUAACAGACAAAUAAUUCCCUUGUUCAUAUUAUUUCAAGACAGAGUGUUUAUCUUGGGGAAGUGAGGUUGCAUUCUAUGUCCCAUUGACUUUUAGGCCAGUGCUGUAAUUGUUGUUCAUUUGGUUUGGUCUUCUAAACUAGUUCCAGCCCUACAGCACUCUGUGGUAAUGGGCUCUUAUGUUUUAAGUUUCAGUAGAGUGUAAAAUCAAGGUAAUUGGUCCUGGAUCCUGUUACCACUGCUGGUUUCCUUCUAUUUCUGUUAUGGCUACAGAAGCAUAGCCUGGACACUUCUGAAUGGAAAAGGAUAUCCAUUUCCCAAAGCUCACCAGUAACCUUUAUUAAACAAAAUUUUCAUCAGCUCCUGGGUGAGCAGUGGUGAGAGCAGGGUAUGAAAGCAAAGACAACAAAAAAGAAAAGGCUGACCUGAUUUUUCCCUGCUUAGGAAUUUGUCCAAACAUUUUUUUCUUUUAUUCUGUAAUAUUCUGUCACACCCAGUUUGUGCUGGAGAGGGGAAUUGCUUGAGCUGAAUUCUGAAUUAAGAUUAUGGUACUUGUUAGUAGAACUGACUCCCGGCUUCCUCCCUACUUUUGUUCCAAGGAAAGAGUUCAGCACUUCCUAGCAUGGCUUUUUGAAUCAAUCUUCUUUGAUUUCUGGAGUGUUUUGGACCUGUCUUCAGACUUUGUUUUCAACUUGAAGUUGAACCAUCAAUGUGCCAAGGCACGACUUCAAGUAGUGCAUGCUCCUACUGGAAGAAGAGUCAGUUGUUAUCCAUAGCCAGGACAGCUUUUUGAGAUGCUGCUGAAGAAGCACAGAUUUUUGAAAACUUCAGAGUAAGGCUCUUGCAUUGAAGAGGCAGGAUCUGUGCUUCUAUGAGCAGAAAACCAUAGACUGUUCAUUGCUUCUGUUCGGUGAGGCAAGCAGUAGAGAAAGCAAGAUGGACCAGCAGAUCCCCAGACGAGAGUGGAAGAUGAAAUUGAAUCUAUCCUGCAGGAGCGGAUAAUGGUUUUGGAUGGGGGCAUGGGGACCAUGAUCCAGCAACAUGCGCUGACAGAAGAGGAUUUCCGAGGGCAUGAAUUUAAAGAUCAUUCCAGGCCUUUGAAAGGCAAUAAUGACCUUCUGAGUAUAACUCAGCCUGAUAUAAUCUGUGACAUACACAAGGAAUACUUGCUGUCAGGUGCUGACAUCAUUGAAACCAACACUUUCAGCAGCACCCGGGUUGCACAGGCUGACUAUGGCCUUGAGCAUUUGGCAUAUCGAUUAAACAGAGUCUCUGCACAGGUGGCCAGAAAAGCAGCAGACAUUGUAACUGCUCAGACAGGAAUUAAGAGAUAUGUUGCUGGAGCCAUGGGUCCAACAAACAGGACACUCUCUGUGUCACCAUCUGUGGAGAGACCAGAUUACAGGAACAUAACUUUUGAUGAACUAGUUGAAGCCUAUACAGAACAAGCCAAAGGACUUUUGGAUGGAGGAGUUGACAUCUUACUGGUGGAAACCAUAUUUGACACCGCCAAUGCUAAGGCAGCUCUUUUUGCACUCCAGAUGUUGUUUGAGGAAGAGUAUGCUUCCCGACCCAUAUUUGUUUCUGGAACUAUUGUGGAUAAGAGUGGGCGUACCCUCUCUGGCCAGACAGGAGAGGCAUUUGUCAUUAGUGUUUCCCACAGUAAGCCACUUUGUAUUGGCUUAAAUUGUGCUUUAGGGGCAGUUGAAAUGCGUCCAUUCAUUGAAACAAUUGGAAAAUGUACAACCGCCUACAUCAUCUGUUACCCCAACGCAGGUCUUCCCAAUACUUUUGGUGGUUAUGAUGAAACUCCAGAAGUGACUGCCAAGCAUAUAAAGGAUUUUGCUCUGGAUGGUUUGGUCAACAUAGUUGGAGGUUGCUGUGGUACCACACCAGCACAUAUCAGAAAAAUUGCCGAAGCUGUGAAAUUCUGUAAGCCUCGUGUUCCACCUUCUCUCUCUCAAGGAUACAUGCUGCUGUCAGGUCUGGAGCCAUUCAGGAUUGGGCCAUACACCAACUUCGUUAAUAUUGGUGAACGUUGCAAUGUUGCAGGAUCACGGAAGUUUGCUAAACUCAUCAUGGCAGGCAACUAUGAAGAAGCCCUGAGUGUAGCCAAGUUGCAAGUUGAGAUGGGGGCCCAGAUUCUUGACAUAAAUAUGGAUGAUGGGAUGUUGGAUGGCCCCACUGCAAUGGCCAGAUUUUGUAACUUGAUUUCUUCGGAACCUGAUAUUGCAAAGGUGCCAUUAUGCAUAGACUCCUCAAAUUUUUCAGUGAUUGAAGCAGGUUUGAAAUGUUGCCAAGGGAAAUGCAUUGUAAACAGCAUCAGUCUAAAGGAAGGUGAGGAAGACUUCUUGGAGAAAGCGAGGAAAAUUAAAUUGUAUGGAGCUGCUGUCGUUGUUAUGGCUUUUGAUGAAGUGGGGCAGGCAACAGAAACAGAAACCAAGAUUGCAGUCUGUUCCAGAGCUUAUCAUCUCCUUGUGGAAAACGUUCACUUCAAUCCGAACGAUAUAAUAUUUGACCCUAAUAUUUUGACCAUAGGAACUGGAAUGGAAGAACAUAACCUUUAUGCCAUAAAUUUUAUCAAUGCUACUAAAACCAUAAAAGAAACACUGCCAGGAGCCAGGAUAAGUGGAGGUCUUUCCAAUCUGUCCUUCUCCUUUCGAGGAAUGGAUGCCAUUCGAGAAGCAAUGCAUGGAGUGUUCCUUUACCACGCGAUUAAGUAUGGCAUGGACAUGGGAAUUGUGAAUGCUGGGAAUCUGCCUGUGUAUGAUGAUAUCCAAAAGGAAUUGCUGCAACUGUGUGAGAAUCUAAUCUGGAACAAAGAUCCUGAUGCGACAGAGAAGCUUUUACAUUAUGCUCAGAAUCAUGCCCAGGGAGGAAAAAAAGUUGUACAGACUGAUGAGUGGCGUAAAGGCUCUGUGGAGGAAAGGCUGGAAUAUGCUCUCAUCAAGGGCAUUGAGAAGUAUGUCAUUUCAGAUACAGAAGAAGCAAGAUUAAAACAGGAAAAAUAUCCUAGACCUCUAAAUGUAAUUGAAGGGCCUUUGAUGAAUGGCAUGAAAAUUGUUGGUGAUCUUUUUGGUGCUGGAAAGAUGUUUCUGCCCCAGGUGAUAAAGUCUGCUCGAGUUAUGAAGAAAGCAGUUGGCCACCUUAUUCCCUAUAUGGAAAAAGAAAGAGAGGAAAGGAGAGCCAAGCAAGGCAGCACAGAAGAAGAGGAUCCUUACCAGGGUACAAUAGUAUUGGCAACUGUGAAGGGAGAUGUACAUGAUAUCGGCAAGAACAUCGUGGGAGUUGUUCUGGGCUGCAACAACUUCAGAGUUAUUGAUUUAGGAGUCAUGACUCCAUGUGAUAAGAUAUUAAGAGCUGCUGUUGAGAACAAAGCAGAUAUAAUUGGCCUGUCUGGUCUCAUCACCCCAUCUUUGGAUGAGAUGAUUUUUGUCGCCAAGGAAAUGGAGAGAUUGGCAAUAAAGAUUCCUUUGCUCAUUGGAGGAGCAACUACUUCUAAAACACACACAGCUGUUAAAAUUGCCCCACGAUAUAGCGCACCUGUAGUUCAUGUCCUGGAUGCAUCCAAGAGUGUUGUGGUUUGCUCACAGCUCUUAGAUGACAGUAUAAAGGAUGAUUUCUUUGAAGAAAUAUUAGAAGAAUAUGAAGAAAUUAGACAAGAACACUAUGAGUCUCUCAAGGAAAGAAGGUACUUGUCUCUACAGCAAGCUAGAAGAAAAGGUUUCCAUAAUGACUGGUUAUCAGGCCAUAUACCAGUUAAACCAAAAUUCAUUGGCACAAAAGUCUUUGAAGAUUAUGACCUGAGGAGGCUGGUAGAGUACAUUGACUGGAAGCCCUUCUUUGACGUCUGGCAGCUUAGGGGAAAGUAUCCCAACAGGAGUUUCCCUAAGAUCUUCAAUGAUAAAACUGUAGGUGAAGAAGCAAAGAGAGUUUAUAACGAUGCUCAAGAUCUACUGAAAACAUUGAUUAAUGAAAAGAAAUUACAAGCCAGAGGUGUGGUUGGGUUCUGGCCAGCUCGAAGUGUUCAAGAUGAUAUCCACUUGUAUGCUGUAGAAGAGGCAGUGGGAUCUUCAGAACCAAUAGCAAAAUUUUAUGGUUUGAGGCAACAGGCUGAAAAGGACUCUGCCUGCACAGAUCCAUAUUACUGCCUCUCUGACUUCAUAGCACCACUAGAUUCUGGCAUUUGUGACUACUUAGGCCUUUUUGCAGUGGCCUGCUUUGGUGUAGAUGAUUUAUGCAGUGAAUUUAGGAAACAGGAGGAUGAAUACAACAUCAUAAUGGUGAAGGCUCUUGGUGAUCGGUUGGCAGAGGCAUUUGCUGAGGAGCUUCAUGAAAGAGUUCGAAGGGAAUUCUGGGCUUACAGUAGUAGUGAGCAGCUGGAUCUCUCUGGCCUACGCAAAAUUAAAUAUGAGGGAAUUCGCCCUGCCCCUGGAUAUCCCAGCCAGCCUGACCAUACGGAGAAACUCACCAUGUGGAAACUUGCAAACAUUGAGGAAACAACAGGAAUUGGUCUAACAGAAUCACUAGCAAUGAUGCCUGCUUCUGCAGUUUCUGGCCUCUAUUUUUCCAGUCCCAAUUCCAAAUAUUUUGCUGUUGGCAAGAUAUGUAAAGAUCAGGUUGAAGAUUAUGCACUGAGAAAAAAUUUGUCUGUGGCAGAAGUGGAGAAGUGGCUGGAACCCAUUUUGGGAUAUGAUACUGAACAACUGUGAUAUUUACAUCCUUUUUUGAUGGUCUAUUUGCCAGAAAGAACAAGAAAAUUCUUCCCACUGGAAACAGCUUUCUUCCAUCCAUCCCAAUUGCUUGUAUGAUUAUCUUAAAUUUUUAAUCAAGGAACUUAAUAUUUCAAAUCAAGUCUUCCUGGUGCCCUUGGCUUGGGACCAUGAAUGUAUUUAGCUUCUCAGUCACAGCAGCAUACUUUUAUUUAUUUUUAUGUUUUCACAAAGACUCCAGCAGAGAAGCUAGGUGUAGGGUGAGAUGGGGAAACUGCAAAGCUUUCCUGUUUGGAAGAUUUUGAAAUCAGGGGCAAGAAUUUCUCUCCCAUGGCUGUGGAUAUGCAUAGAACAGAAUUUGACUUCUGUUAUUUUAGUGUGUUUUGGCAAGUCCAUGGACAGAAAUAUGAUGUGAUUCUUCUGCAAAGUCACAAAAUGUUUUAUACUGAGUGAUCAAGAACAACUGAAGUACAACAGAUCUCCUUUUUAAAAGUCAUCUGCUCAGUGUUUAGUCUUGUGCUUGGGAGCACACAUUGUUCUUGAUGGUAGAACUAUAAGAAUAAUACAAUCUUCUGGAGUAGUAUCCGAGAUCUGUAUUGGGAAAUGAAAUGACAGAGCCCAUGGAAUUGUCUGCUUUGUGCUUCCUCUUCUUUCAGCAAUCACAAUCUGUCUAUUCUGUAUAAAAGGUACUGGCACUUCCUACCUUACUUCCUAUCUUGUCAAGCUUAAUUCAUACACAAACAAUCAUUUGUACAUGAAAAUUAUAAGGGCAGCAUAUUUGCUACUGUAGACAGCCAGAAAGCUUGGAGCUGACCUUUACAAAAUUUUAACCUUCUAGAAAACUGGAUUUUAAAAGCAAUAGUACCAUCAUAUAUAACAGUUAAUAUUGCAGAUUAUUCUUCAUAUUUAACUGUGUGCUAAUUGUUCAUAGUUUUCAAUAAUUUCUGAAAAGUGUCUCAAGUAUUAUUUAAAUGCUAAUUUGUAAAAUAUUAUGACAGAACCCCCUCAUUUUUUUGGUCUCUAAUUGUAAACAGAAGGCCAGUAUUGUAAGGAAGAUGUUCUUUUAAUAGUUUAUUGUAAUCUGUUAAUAGCUGCAUAAUUUUUGUAAUGCCUUAUCUGACUUCAUGCUGAAAGAAUCAUCUGGUAUCAACAGUUUAAUAAAGAUGGUGUUAUCAUAUUAGAAUCCUUUAAAUGGCAACAAUAAAAUGUGUGCAGUAAUCUGAAUAGAUAAUGUUAAAAUUAGUAUGUGUUUGUACCAUGAACCUGAAAUUAUAGAAGCUGCUAUGGGAUUUUUAAAGUAGUUGUGUAAGUGUAUUCUUAACUGAAUCUUUUAGAAUGGCUCAUCCCUUAAUGACUUACAAAAAUAAUUUCUAAAUGGAUCUCCCCUCCCCCUGCCUCCCUCCAUGUCAAGAGACAUGACAUGUCCUUGCUGAGCAGCUGAUUUUUGUAGUGGGAGCAGUUUCUCAGUAGAACACUCGUUUAGACUGCCAAAAAUAAAGUAAAAUGUUCUUAAUAUAAAA